AUGAGUUUCGACUAUCAGUCGAGUGAAGUCUUCGGACUCAGCUUCAAGCAACAUGACGCAAGAAAAAUGCGCCAUGUCUUGAAAAACUACGGAAAACUACCAGAGAAACAAGGUGAUAGACUUGCCCUGUUUCUUCGCCUACAGAAUUUUGAAACAAGUCUUGAUGAAGAAGUUUCCAAAAAAGUCAAGGACUGGUUUGAAAAUGGUGGUGAUCUUCCAUCGACUCAUCCCAUAACUACACCUGAAGAAGGUUCCAGUGGAGAGGAGGAGGAAGAAGAAGAAGAAGAAGGAGAAGGAGAUAACGAAGAUGAUGAAGCAGGUUCCGAGGAAGAAGAGAGUUCUGAUGAAGAAUCAAGCUCCGACUCUGGUGCUUCCGCCAUCUCCGGUCACGAGUUACUGUGGGAGGAUAGAGAAGAAGCCUUGAGACGCAACCCUGGAAUGGAUCUUUUCGACCUUUUCCCUCAACAUCCUGACAAUCCCGAACGCGACAACUACAUCUUCGGCGCCGAACCCGAUAAUGGCGAAUUCGGGAUGGAGCCCAACAGCUCGGACGACGAAGAAGAAAGCUCGGAGAGUGAGGAGGAGAGUGAGGAGGAAGAAGAGGACGACGAAGAUGAGGUCGAAGAUGAGGUCGAAGAUGAGGUCGAAGAUGAGGUCGAAGAUGAGGUCGAAGAUGAAGAGGAGCCAGAUAGUGGAGAAGCGCAUGAUUAUUCCCAAAAUUUACCUGAUAGAGUGGAAUGUAUUAUUUGUAUUGAGGAUGUCCUGAAAGCGAACGCCUGGUCUAAUAUCACAGGUGACUGUCAACACCCAGAUACUUUCAUUUGCAGGGAAUGUCUCGAUCUAUCUAUCACUACAGAUAUUGACUAUGGGCUUUUGAAUGCCAUCAAGUGUCCGCUUUGUACAGCUGUCCUUACUGACAACGAUGUUCAUUCCAAAGCAUCUACGGACGUACUUCAACGUUACUCCUACUUGAGAGAAAAAGCCUCCAGACCCGACACAUUCAUUAUGUGCUUAGGACCUAAGUGCGGUGGAGGUCAGAUACACGAAGGCCCAGAACCAUUGAUGAUUUGCGACCAUUGUAACUUCAAGACUUGUGUCAAGCACAAGUUACCAUGGCACGAAGGACUGUCAUGCGACGAAUUCGAUGUUGACGACUCGCAAAUCGAACGUUUGGAGCAGGAAGAGGCCACAGCUAAGCUGUUGGCAAAGGAUUCGAGGAUUUGUCCACAAUGCAAAGAAUGUGUUGUUAGAAGCGAUGGUUGUGACCAUAUGUCAUGUCGCUGUGGGAAUUCCUGGUGUUACCUGUGCGGUGCCGACUGGGAAAACAUCCUCAGACUCGGCGACAAAGCACAUGGCAGAAACUGUCCCAACCACCCCGAUUCGCACAAGCUCAGCCGAGGCCAAGCCCUAGCCCGUGAGACAGCCCUUACCAAUCUGGUACAUGGCGGACCUGUCAACGAGGCUCAAAUUCAAGCCAAGUACGCCAAACAGGCUGCGAGAAGGCAAGAAAUGAGACCUUUGGCAUUGGCUGCUGCUGAGCAGAGGAUGAAGGAACAGGCUUUGGCGAAGUCAGAUUCCGACUCCAGUAAUUCCGGAAGACCCAAGAAGAAGACCAAGUUGGUGGGUGCUUGGGAGGAAAAGUGA